CAGGAUUUCCUUUACAAGCCCGUUAGCUCUUAUUUUGAAGAGCAGCGCCGGAUUUCCGCUAUAAACCCAUCGCCGUAUAUAACCUGAAAGUUGCGGAUGAGUUUGGUGGUCGACCUACGGGCGGCGUGCUCCAGAAAUGGCUAUUCUGAUGAGGUUGUGUGCUUUAAUUGUUAACGUGUUAUGUUUGCCUCUUCAUUUGAUCUACGCGCUCGGACUCUAUAAAAUAUACAAGCGCAUCUUCCCGUCUUACAUGUUCCGGAUUACUAUAGAAUACAACAAAAUAAUGCACGACAAAAAGAAGGAACUGUUUCGCCACCUGUCUGAGUUCAAGUCUGGUGGGCGACUCACGAUUUUGGAGGUCGGCUGUGGCUCGGGCGCAAAUUUCGAGUUCUACCCUCCCGGCAGCAAAGUGAUCUGCACCGACCCGAACCCUCACUUCCAGAAGUACCUGAAGAGAUGCAUGGAGGAGAACGAGCAGCUGACGUAUGAGAGGUUCGUGGUGGCGUCGGGGGAGGACCUGGGCUCCGUGGAGGAUGAGUCCGUGGACGCUGUGGUCUGCACCCUGGUGCUGUGCUCUGUCACCAGCAUCCCUCAGACUCUGAGAGAGGCCCAGCGGGUGCUGCGUCCAGGUGGGGGCUUCUUUUUCCUGGAGCACGUUGUUGCGGACCCCUCCACUUGGGCCUAUUUCUUCCAGCACGUGUUUCAGCCCGUGUGGUACUACUUUGUUGAUGGAUGUGAAGCCACCCGGGAAACAUGGAAGCACGUGGAGGACGCUGGAUUCUCUGAGCUUAAACUGAGACACAUUGAAACGCCACUUACAGUCAUGAUGAAACCACACAUUAUAGGUUAUGGUGUAAAAUAGAUGCCGUGGGGGGAGCCUUGUGGUUUCUCCCUAACUGGUGUAUGAAUUUGCCAGACACUAAAUCAUUCUCUCUGAUAUAUAGUCACCAGCAGUAGAAUCAACUACACAUGAUAAUUAUUUGUUUGUGCUUAAGUUAGUGCUUGCACCUCAGUGGACACGCCACCAAUUGUGUCUGUGGUUCCGCAGUACAAAAGCAUCAUCAAUCAAUAAAUCAGUGUAGCCUGCUUUAGUGAAUUGCUGUUGAUUUCCGUCCUGAUAUGUGAUUUGUGUGUAGUAAUACCAGAUUUAACCGACAGCCUGCCAGUGCUGACAAAAAUAUACCGUAAAUGUGAUUUUGUCAGUAUGUUAGUGGUAGAACAGUACAAUCAAUGAGAGAUCAUAUACACAGCAAGGUCCAAACUUGAUACUUUGGUCACAUGUAGCCUACCUAACCGUGUGUGCCAGAGUGUCAGCCCUUUGAAAGUUGCUGGAUUAAGGUGCCUUUAACUGACCUUUUUAUAAAAUGAAUGUUUGUGUUGUUACAUUUUGCAGAUUGCUUAAGAUUGACUUUGGCCUUGGACCAAUGGAGAUAAAAGGCCAACAGAUUACAGCAGUGAUGAUUGAGACAAAUUAAUGUUGUGCAAUCGUUUUUGUUUUUUUUUCAUUUUUAAGUUUGUAAUCAUUAUAGAAUCUGAUUUUAGUUCAAAUGAAAUACUUUUUUUGCACAAUUAAUAUUAUUUGAAUUGUAUCCAAAAAAGCCCUGAAAAUGUUGAAAAGCCUGUCAAAACGUUGCUUCAAUAAAGUGCUGCGCUUGUUAAAACAUG